GGGCCGCUCAGUUGGGCGCGGGGCUGCGCCGCGAACGGGGGGUCCUGCCUUGUGUCCUGGGGCACCGCACCGAGCCCUGCAGCACCGCACCGAGCCCUGCAGCACCGCACCGAGCCCUCCGGCACCCCGCCCUAGGGGAACCGCGCCCUAGGGCCGCCCAGCGCCCGCUCCCGGCGGGGCCAUGAUGGCGUGCGCCGAGCUGCUGGCCGUCUGCCUGCUGUCCGCCGAGCGCGGCCCCGCGCCCCGCCGCCAGCCGCUGCCCAUCUUCCACGACAUUUUCCGGCGAGCCGACAAGAACGAUGAUGGGAAGCUGUCAUUUGAGGAGUUCAAGAACUAUUUUGCUGAUGGGAUCCUGAGCUCAGAGGAGCUGUGGGAGUUGUUCAGUGGCAUUGACAGGCGCCAUUCAGAUAACGUGGACACAGAGAAACUGUGUGAUUAUUUCUCAGCAUACCUGGGAGAAUACAGGAAUGUGCUUUCUGCCCUGGAAGCCCUCAACUCUGCAGUCCUGGCAGCCAUGGACAAGACCAAGCUGAGGUACGAGACUUCCUCGAAGAUGGAGCAGUUCCUGACCCGUUUCCUGCUGCGGGAAACCAUGCACCAGCUGCAGUCCCUGCAGGCCUCGCUGGAGUGUGCUGUGGACACCGUGGAGGAGCAGGCGGGACGGGAGAGAAAGGACGUGCAGAAAUCUGAGACCUGGGUUGGCCUGAGGGCAGGGAGGCGAUGCGGGCGCAGAGGGCAGAAGAGCCUCCGCCUGUCUCCCACAGACCCUUAUUCUGGGAUGCUCACCACAGGUGUUUGUGUUGAAGACAACAGCCAGUGGAUGGCACAGAUCAACCAGCUCCAGCAGCUCAUCGAGAAACUGGAGUGCAAGAGCCCACGCCUGGAGCCACUGAAGGAGGAGGAGAUGUGCAAAGGAAGAGAUGAACACAUCCUGGUGGCCAAGAGGCAGAUCUCGGUGGCCACGGGCAGCAUCGAGAGGUUCCGCCAGGCGCUCAGGUCCUACACGGAGGGCACGGCCGGGCAGAGCUGCUGCCUGCAUGUGUCUGCCUGCAAGCUGACAGAUGAGGCCUGCUUCAUCCUUUAUGAGUUCUGGCAGGAUGUGGCUUCAUGGAGAAGCCACUUGCAGUCCAGCUGCAGCAAGACUUUCCAGCAGGCCAUCAGCAGCUUGUUGGAGUCCCCGGAGCUGCUGACCACCAUGCUCUUCCCAGCAUCUUGGUGGAUCAUGAACAACAACUGACCCUGGACAGUUGCCCCCAGGACACCGCUGGCGUGUGGAAGGAUUGGGAGCCCUCAGCACAGCCCCUCCUUUGCUUGUGUUUGUCACCUCCCUGUCCCUUGUCUUCUCCUGUGGUCUGGCAGGGGCUGCCUGCCCCUCAGCCCUGGCAGUGUUUUCCCUUCUUGCUCUUUCCAUGGUAAUUUCUUUCCCCCACUGGGUGUCUGGGUGCUGCCCAGGGAGUGGGGCACUCUUGGCAGUGCAGGUGGGAGGCAGGGGUGGGGUGGCAGCAUCACCCUUGGGUUGGGGGCACUGCUCUGGUUGCUGUGUCCUGGCAGCCUUCAGCCCUUCUCACACCCUGGCUCCUCUUCCUCCCCCUCCUCCCAGCACUGAGGAGAAGGAGCUGCCUUGUCUGACCUGUAAAUAGUGUUUUAUGGAACAAAAAGAUAACGAGGUAUUUCUGGCCCUGCCUGUGCAGCCACUGCUGUGGCUUUGAGGUUGGCCUGGCUGUGCACCCCCCCAAUAAAUCACUGCACCCCCUCCUGGGAAGGCUGUGUGGCCCAGAGCUCUGCUGCUUCAUCCUGCAGCUCAACACACACACACCAGUGAUGGCACCAGUGCUGCUGGACAGCGGGGGCAGCUGAAUUAUUGGUGAGGGGCAUGAGUGGGGAAGGCCCUGGGGCCAGAGAAGAGCCAAGCCCACCCAGGUGGUGGGUUGUACACUCAGGGUGUCUGUGUUGGUGCUGCAGAAGCAGAGCAUCCACUGAGGUGGUGUGAAAUGUGGUGUCACAGAGCAGGAAGCAAGUGCCACCAAGGACAGGCACUGACUGCCCACAGCAAGUGUGUCCUAGUAGGAAAAAUACUCCCCCCUCUUGCACUUGAGUUCUCCUGUGUCUGGGUACAGGGCACCAGCUCUGCCUGCAGCAGCUUCACCACCCCAGGGGAGGCAUUUUUCUUGCCCCAGCAGCUCCCCUGGCCAAGGCCACAGCCCAGCAACCUUGCUCAGCAGCAGCCUGAGCACCACAACAACCCUCUGCUUCUGAGCGAGGAAGGGGCAAGUGUGUGAUGAAUAUAGUCUUUUUAUUGACUACUUUGGAGUAGAACAAACUAAAUACAUCUGUAACAGUUUGAGUUCCUUUAUACAGUACAUUAAAUAAGUUAUGCACAGGAA